CUUCUUUUUAUUCUUUCCUGUUGAAUCCUCAACCCCCCUUCAACCCCCUUCAAACCCCCCAACCAUCAUCCAGCAAUGAACCAGAUCUUCAUCCGCACCCACAAGGGCGAAUACGUCGGCGGUGAAACCAUUUAUGGAACCGUGUACCUGAACCUUGCCAUCCCGCUGCCGGCCAAGAGUCUCGAGCUCCGUGUCAAGGGCGUCGAGCGCACGAAAUGGAACUAUGUGCACUACGAGUCCGUGUCCGACGGCCAGGGCGGCACGACCCAGCGCCGUGAGAUUCGCGAGCACGCUGGCAAGAAGGAGUUUUUCAAGGUCAAGAUUGUCAUGUACGAGUACCCGACCAUCUUCACUCCAGGCUACUUUGCCUACCCGUUCCAGUUCACGCUGCCUGCGAACUUGCCAGGUGUCUUUAUGAAGCACAAAAAGUCGCGCGAGGACACCAGGAUGAAGGCUGAGAUCUUUUACAAGAUCAAGGCCACCCUGGACAUCCCCGGAACCAAGCACGACCUCAAGAUCACGCAGCCGCUUGUCAUUCACGAGCGUCUUGAUCUGGCAAUUGCUCCGCAGCACUACACCAAGAACGGCACUGUGCGCCUCUUGUGCUGCAUUCCGCGUGGCGAUGUCAAUGUCGAGGCAUGGAUGGACAAGAAUGCAUACAUGGCUGGUGAAACGGCCCAAAUCCACGUUCGUGUCCAGAACGGCUCCAAGUCCAACAUUGACAACUUUGCCGUCAAGCUGAUGCGUGUCAUCACCAUUACAAACGGACAUGGCGCUUCUAAGGUCAUCACCGAUACAGUUGCUCAACAACAGUAUCCUGGAUGCCUUGCUGGAGAGAGCAAGGAGAGUGACAUUCCUCUUCCUCUGGUCUCGAAAAAGGGUGCUCGUGGCGCCAUCAAGCCUGCGACGACGGCUGGCCUGGUCAAGUGCGUCUAUCAUGUCGACAUCGAGAUGCAGAUUCCUUGGGCUCCUGAUGUGGAAAUCCACGCUCCGGUCAAGAUUUACGCGCCAGCCAACUUUGCUUGGGCUCAGUGGCAGCCUCCGCAGUGGGCCGCUCAAGCGACCAUCCAGCCCGUGAUGGGCGAUCUGUCCGUUCCCCAGGCAGUCCUUCAGACCCAGUUUACCGGUCUGCCCGCCUUCUGAUGAUUUUUUUCAGUGCUCUCACCCGUGCGUGUGGGUGAGUUGAUGUUUUUGUUUUCAGGCAUGUCAACGUACCAUGAGUAAAUCGAUAAGAGUAAAUCGCUCGAUGACCAUAAAUCACAAAUCGAACGAAAAAAUCGAUCAAUUACAAUAAAUUACAAAUCGAAAAACACAA